UUCGAUUACCAAAUUAAAAUUAAUCUAGGGUUUUCCUCUUCUCUUCGUAAUCUCCCAAAUAUCUGUCCUUUGUCUCAUCGAAUAUGAUGCAACAACCAGCAGCUGGUGGCGUGGCUCCGCCACCUCCCAUGGCGGCUGAUCAGUCUCAGGCUCAUCAGUACCAGCAACAACCGCAGUCGCAGCCUUGGAUGAUGAUGUCUCAACAACAGCAGGGUGGUCAGCCGGUUCCUCCACCUACCGGUUGGACGCCGCAACCUGUUCCUCCGCCCACUCAGAUGCAGCAGUACUCCGCCGGUUCUGCUGCUGGCUCCGGUGAGAUUCGAUCUCUUUGGAUCGGAGAUCUUCAGCCGUGGAUGGAUGAGAAUUACCUCAUCAAUAUCUUUGCUCAAACUGGAGAGGUGGUUUCGGCUAAGGUGAUUAGGAAUAAGCAAUCUGCUUUACCGGAAGGAUAUGGGUUUAUCGAAUUUGUGUCCCGUGUGGCAGCUGAGAGGGUUUUGCAGUCUUAUAACGGGCUGCCAAUGCCAAACGCUGAGCAGAAUUUUAGGUUGAAUUGGGCAUCACUUGGAUCUGGGGAAAAGAGGCAAGAAGAGGGUCCUGAGUACACAAUCUUUGUUGGGGAUUUAGCAGCUGAUGUUUCGGAUUACAUGUUACAAGAGACUUUUAAGGCUGUUUACCCGUCUAUUAAGGGUGCAAAAGUGGUUACUGAUAGGACCACAGGACGGUCAAAAGGUUAUGGAUUUGUGAGGUUUGCUGAUGAAUCUGAACAGAUUCGUGCCAUGACUGAAAUGAAUGGGAUGUAUUGUUCAACAAGGGCAAUGCGGAUUGGACCAGCUUCUAAUAAGAAGCCUGUCACUGGUCAGCCGUAUCAGAAAGCUACUUACCAGAAUGCUCAAGGAAAUCCUGGCGAGAAUGAUCCGAGUAACACUACAAUAUUUGUUGGUGGUUUGGACCCCAGUGUUUCUGAAGACCAAUUAAAACAAAUAUUUAGCCAACUUGGCGAGGUAGUUCAUGUAAAAAUUCCUGCUAACAAGAAUUGUGGUUUUGUUCAAUAUGCUAACAGGGCUAGUGCGGAGCAAGCUUUAUCGGUUCUGAACGGUACCAUUUUUGGAGGAAGAAAUGUUCGUCUUUCAUGGGGACGAAGUCCUUCAACCAAACAGGCUCAACCUGAUCCUGCACAGUGGAACAGCGGAUAUUAUGGAUAUGCUCAAGGAUAUGAAGCAUACGGAUAUGCACCUCCUCCCCAAGAUCCUAACAUGUACUAUGGUGGCUAUCCUGCUGGAUAUGGGAAUUACCAACAACCAGGGGCUUACCAACAACCACAGCAGUGAGUUGCACUCGUUUCACCAUCGUUCAAAACUGGUUCAGUUCGGUCCAGGCCACAGUUUGGUGUUGGUUUGAUCUUGACAUGUUUCAAGGUUUGUGGGUUUUCUUAGUUGUUGUAGAAUUUGUGGUGGUUGGCAUUGGGAGAGAGUUCUGUUCCUUAUUUACCCCUUUUCUUUUUUCUAUAUAUAACAUUUAUAUAUAUUAUGGUUGUUUUACUUCACCUUUCUCUUAAGCCUCUCUUCUUCACAGAUCAUCAGUCAUGCACUGUUAGUGGAGUUUUCUUUUCAUAAUAUAUAUAUAUAUAUAUAAUAUUUAUGUCAUAGCAGUUGUAUGGAAUGAUGCUUCUUAAUGGUUGCUAUAUUUAUGCCGUGUUUUAAUUA